AUGGAGAGCUUCCAGAAAUCCAUUUUACUUCCCCUCAUCCUGACUGCCUUGCUGCCAGGCCUGGGCUUUUGUUACUCCAUCACAAAAGGGCCUGAGAAUGCCACGGUCCUGGCUGGCUCGGAGGCACGGUUCAACUGCACGGUGUCUGCAGGAUGGAAAGUCCUCAUCUGGCUCUCCAAGGGCAGUCCUGUCCUCACUGUCAUCAGCUCCCAGGGCUCUGUGGAAACCACAGAGCGCUUCACCUCCCACAACUACACCAGUGGGGACCAGUUCACCUCGGAGCUGAUCAUCCACGACACCCAGCUGAGUGACUCUGGCAGGAUUGAGUGCAGCAUCCAGCAGCCCAGCGACAACAACUUUGCCUUCCUCUCUGUGCAAGUUAAUGGAUCUUUACUCAUCAAAAAUAGCACCUUAACAGUAAAAGAGAACCAAACAAUUGAGAUUGUUUGCGAAGCCUUAGGAUGGGCUCCAGCUCCAGACAUUACCUGGAUGAGAAAUGACUCUUUGGUUGAUAAGUCGAGCUAUGUUACCCAGCAAAGUCCAGGAUCUCAUGACCUCCACAAUGCCCUGAGCACCUUAACUCUGACUCCGACGGACACGGAGGUUUUGACUUGUUUAGCUGACAUAGAAGCACUCCCCAGCCCUCAGAAUGCAACUGUAACUCUUAUUUUUGACAACUCUGCCACGGAAAAUGAUUACAGUGAAGACAACAGGAGCACGUGGGUUAUUGUACUUGCAGUUGUGCUUUCAUUUCUUGGUAUUGUUCUCCUGAUCGUUAUUAUUGUGGUUGCUGUGCGCUGCUGCCUAAAGAGGAGAGGAUCUACUUACCAAAAUGAAAUAAGAAAAGUUUCAGCUGAGAAAAAAAAAGAUGGUGAUUUGGAAAACAGUCCCAGGAGUGGCAGUGAAAAUCUGGGAUACAUUCCAGAGGAACUGUGGAACACAGAACAAAGCCCAGGACUUGCUUCUCUUCCCCCAGUGUCUUCAAAGUUUGCUGGUCCUGAUGACAAUUUGCACAUCAAUUCUGUACCAAAGGUGCGACCUCAAAGACGUACUGAUUAUCUGAUGAGCCCAAAGAAAAUAAGGAAUGUGACACUCGUGUAG